AUGCCGGUGCUAGAGGCUCCACUCCCGGCGUGCAUGAACUCGGCCAAUCUCUUUCUAUCAUCUCCCCUGAGCGCGAUCACCAAGGGCGACCAUCGAUUCCCUCUGUCAUCACGAAACGGCCCGGCGCAUCACGACGGCCGCACAACGCGACUGCGACGCCAACCCAACUCUAGAACUCGACAUCUUCUACCAAUCAGUCAGCAACUCUUGCUCCGGAAAGACAUUACAAGCCUAGCCGUCGCGGCGGCUUUCGAGCUAGAGAAUCCUGUUUUGGAGAGCACACUCGACCCGACACGCUCACAUCCACGUCACCCUCACCACCACCACAUUCAUUCAAAUGUUGAAAGAACGAAAUUAGCCCAUUCAAACCGUUUUCUACCUCCUCCACUUCGUAACCGCGCCACUCGCUCUGAAUCUGUAAAUCUCUUUCCUCGAAAUAUAGGAAACCCCGGGCGCCUUUGGAAUCCUACUAAUUCUACGCCGAGGACUCCUCCGGCUGUCUACACCCGACCCUCUCGAACAGCCCGGAAGCGGCGUCCUUCGACACCUCCGCCCCCGGCUGUUCCAUUCAAUCAUUCCGUUCUUGACGAGACCCGCGUCCUCGAUGAUCAAGGAACAACUGGCGCUGGCGAUUGUCCUCUUUUGACACUUCCGGAACAGAGACAGAGCCGUCAUCCCACACCUACUCGCUCGAGUUUCCAAAUUGAAGAACGGCGGAGCGAAGGAAAAAGGAUCAGUCUUCCUAACUCAGUUCGUUAUUCUUUCAAUUUUGGGAGAACACCAGUCGCAGCAUUAAAAGAGGAUCAGGGGUUUGAACUGUCAGAACUCAACAAGGAAGGCCUCUCAACUGUGGGAGGUCUUGGGAAAGUAGGCCACGGCGUGACAGAAAUAUACCAGACUUCGGCCGCGAGUCAAGACCUGAUAUAUACGCAAGAGGUAGAUCAACCUUUUCGCAAGAUCGACAAAGGAAAGGGCAAGGCGGUUAUGUCGUCAACGAACGAUGAUAACGCUGCAAAGGGUCUCUCUAUCGACCUAGAGCGAGGUCCCGCUCGACUUAGCCAGCAAAAUAGGAGAUCAUCAAAUCUAUCAAUACCGGGAGGGAUUGGGUCCGCAAUAUCUAGUAACUCGUCUAUUAUUGGGGAUCCCGAUCAGCCGGGCCUAGGUGAUGAAUGGGGUCCUCAGCAUCCUUGCUUCCCACACCUGAACCCAUACGUACCCAUCAAUUCAAAUGAGUACAAUACAACGCGUAUCAUUCGCAUUCGCCGCGACUGGUUGAUAGCGGGUGAUUUGGGGCCCGCAUUCUCUAACAUGUACCCAGAAAUAUUAGAUCCAGCCGGAAUACCAGAACGAGAAUUUCGACGCGUUAUCGAGAAGCUGAACGGCUCGCUAAUUCCUAUCUUCAAUCCGUAUAGUUGGAGGAAUAUGCUCGAUGGCGUUCUUGGAGUGCUAACUGCUUGGUUAUGGGAAGAUCUCGGUUUUACAAAUGCCAAGACGAAGUUAAACGAGCUAGAAGGGUGGAUCGACAAGUGGAAUGCCGAAAUGGAGAAAACAAUAGGCUCCGAAGAAGGCGUUGUGGCUCCCAAGAUUAUCUCGUUGAGACGAUCAGGUUAUAUGAGCCUCGAUUUCCAGAUCCCCAAUCCAGAGGUUUCUAUAUCAACGAGCGAGCCUGGGUCUAGGUCUGGUCCGCCUCCGCCCGAUGCUGUGGCUUCAACCGCAGCAUAACAAUGCAAUUGACGCCUUUUCUUCUUCCUUUCUCUACUUUUCCCUUCCUUUACUCGCUUUCCAUUGGCGAUUUAAUUUCACAAAUCGCUCGAGCUCUAUGAUGAAUUACGAUGAUACCCCCCAAUCCCGAUUGUCCAUAAUCCAUAACUUUAGACAUAAUUUUAUACUGUACUUAAGCUCCCUCCUUCACCCCCUGUACUGUUCUUUCGUUCAAAAAGUAUCGGAAGAACAUGAGCAUUCAUGAGCCCGUUGAUGAGUCUACAUAUCCUACCUACCCACACCAAUGUACUGUACUGUAUUCUUUCACGCAUAACAUCGAAGUCUGCAAGGGCAUAUCACACUUGUACUUGAUUAGUCGGUCUCCCGUUAGGGGAAAUAAAUAAAGACGCUACGGAAAAAAUAAGAAACGUCGUUGAGCAUUACCGGUGACCAUUUUUUAUCUUUUCUUAUUUGUAUACAUGCAUGUAUGUUCUACUUAAAUAGAGAACAUUCCAUAGCAGUUAGC